AUGGCUGAUCAGAGCAACAUUCAGUCUGCCGCCUCCAAGAGCAUCAGGCCUUUCAAAUCCAGUGAGGAGUACCUGUAUGCCAUGAAGGAGGAUCUGGCCGAAUGGCUGAACACCCUGUAUGAUCUGGACAUCACCGCGGACACCUUCAUGGAUGCGCUGGAGACGGGCUGCGCCUUGUGUCGGCACGCCAACAACGUGAACCGCACCGCACAGGAAUUCCAGCUGGAGUCCCCGCAGGCAGCGCAGUCCAUGAAGGUGCCAUCGAAGGAUGUGGUUUUCCAGUCCCGCAAUGUCGUUCCCGGCUCGUUCCUGGCGCGGGACAACGUUUCCAAUUUCAUUGCUUGGUGCAGGCAGGAGCUCUGGAUCAAGGACGUUCUCAUGUUUGAAACCAACGACCUGGUGGAGAGAUGCAAUGAGAAGAACUUCAUCCUGUGUCUGCUCGAGGUGGCGCGGCGAGGGUCCAAGUUUGGCAUGCUGGCCCCCAUGCUGAUCCAGCUGGAGGAGGAGAUCGAGGAGGAGAUUCGGGACCAGGAGAGCCUGCGGAUCACCAGGGAGCUGCCAGCAGAGCAGAGCUCACCCAGCAGGUGCAAUGGUCGGAAGGAGAGCCACGAAAGUGUGGAGGAUGAGGAGGAACCUGAUCCAGAGCCACACAUCUGGCCGCAGAAGAGAGUCUUGUUGGACAUGAGAAAUCUGGAUGAGCUGGUACGAGAGAUCCUGGGCCACUGCUCCUGUCCAGCUCAGUUUCCUAUGAUUAAAGUGUCUGAGGGGAAAUAUAAAGUAGGAGACUCCAGCGCACUGAUCUUCAUCAGGGUCCUUCGCACUCAUGUGAUGGUGCGUGUUGGAGGGGGCUGGGACACACUGGAACACUAUUUGGACAAGCACGAUCCGUGUCGUUGUGCUGCUUUUGCUCACCGCUACCACCAGUCCAAAGCUAGUGGCCAAGGUCAGGGAGCCCAGAGCAAGUCGUCCAGUGCCCACUCUUCUCGCUCUACCAGCCCGGGCCCACACUGGAGAAACGAUGGCAUCGCACCGUACAAGCCUCCUGACAGACGCUCCAUGGAGCCACAGAGUGCCCCCACCUCCUCCUCCAACACACGCACACCUCGAUCCCAGAACUCCUCUGCUCUUUCUGAGGUAGACGCCGGUGCAGCUCGCGCUCUCCUACCAAGACCUCCACGGGACCGCUCAGAGCCUCGACACUUUAAUCCUCUCAGGAAUAAGGAGACAAAGAUGCCAAUAACGAGGCGUCUUUCUGGAGACAGCGACUCGUCUACGGCCUCUUCCAAGGGAGGAGGAGGAGGGCGGCGCUCCCUUGGUGGCACAUCGUCGCGCUCUGGUGAAGAGGUAGUGUUUCUUGUAAACCGGAAAGAAGGGAAGCACAUGAUUGAAAGGGCGGGGGCAGGAAAUCGGACCCCAUCUCAGCGACCCUCUAUUACCCGUGCACGCAGCAAAUCUCAAGAACGUCCCACGCUUGCCCCAAUGCUCAAACCCAACCCUCCAUCUGGAUCCUCAGAUGGAACACGAACAUCUCGCACAGAAAGGGGGCGCACCCUGGGGCCUGAGAUGCAUAGGAGGCUCCAUCCGCCUCGCUCCCACAGCCAGAGCAUGUUAACCAGACCGACUUGGUCAGGUGAUGGCAGCCCUGGACAGGCCGCCUCCUCUAAAGAUCCUCAGCCGCCACCGUCAGAAAGAAGAGAAGACCUUUGCGUGAAACAGGCGCCACCGUCCUCUCCUAGAGUAGCUGUUGGCCUUGCUAAGAGGCAGUCAACAUCAUGUUCUAACUCUCCUCUUAAAGGCGUCCAGAGCAACAACAGUAGCCCCGGCAAAAAGACAACAACUACUCCCAAACCCCCUGCUCCACGUUCACCAUCCAUGGGAAGAGGCAGGCUUCUACCACCUGUCACCCCUGGAGGGCGACGUUCAACACAAUCAUCUCCUCGUCACGUUAGUAACCAUGCUCCCCGCUCCCCUCGGUUCUCGCAGACUCCUCGCUUUGCUGGGCGAGGCCAACCUGGAAACAGCUCUAGCCUGGAGUGCCAGGAGCCUGAGAGACUUGGCUUUGGAUACCAGAUGCUGCCACCAUUAGACCCAAAGAGGGAACAGGACCUGUAUCGCAGCUUUGAGGCCGAGUUUCUGGCAAAUACCCAGAAAGUCAGGGAGAAUUCAGCUGAAAAGACUCCAGAAAGAGCGUCCCUGCAGGUACCCGGGAAACCACAAGAAACUGCACCCACUGAGCCUAAUGUCUUUGACUUUACCGACUCCUCCUCUAACUCUUCCACUUCCUCCCUAAAUGUGGGCACAAAGACGGGACUUCUGCCUGAACUGAAGGAAUCCAAGAGGACUAACCUCCGUCACUUCUCGCAGGAGGAUCCUUUGAAAAUGCUUCCUAGAAACAAUCAUAGAGGUUCUCUUGGUCAAGGAGAGCCUGAACCUUGGGGGGAUCAUAAAGGGGGUCUCAGGAAGCUCCCAGCCAUUUCCAGCUCAUUAGAUGAGAGAGAUCUUCCAUCGUCUUUAUCUAGAGAGACAGACAGGCUAAUGAAUCACAUUCCCUCACAGCCUGAAUCUCGUUGCAGAAAUAUGAAUGGAGUACUUGGAAAUUGUCCUCUUACUGGGAGACUCACUGGUCAACACAGCCAGCUUGAUUUGAGCUCUACUACUGAAGGAGACGUCCCACUAGGAAACCAUCUUUCAAGCCUUCCUUUUGACAACGAUGACAGGAGAGACGACCUUCCACCUCUUGAAGUUCGUCAUUCACCCACACCCCUCCCCCCUUCUGAAGACUGCUCCUUCCAGGAUUCUUCAAGUGAAAAUUCCUCCACGUGCUUCAGCUUGAGCGAAUCCCGCUCUGAGUCCCCCCCUCCGUCAAUAACGCUGACCAAUGGGGAAACUGAGCAAAAGAAUGCUAACAAUGUAGCCCCGGUCUCCAAGCUGGGACGAUUCAGGCCUCGCACUGACAACAGGCCCCAGAACACACGCUCACGUAUCCCCACACCAGUCGGCUACAGAGACGUCCACACUCGUGAGACACUUUCACCCUGUCACACCCCACCGCUGUCUCCUAAGAGCUCCCACCCUGCCGGUUGUCCAACCACAUGCUCCUACCCUGCACAGAGCGGCCUGGAUGUUGAAGCUUUAGCACAAAACUGAUGGAAGGAGCAGGUUGUUGUUAGAAACUUUGACUACUGUGUAAAAAAUACUCUUAAUGUUAAACUUAAAGGUGUGGGACACUGAAAACCCAUUUUUGAUGAGUAUACUCAGUCAAUCUGAGUUUUUCAUGCAGGCUGAACAUGAAAAUAGUCUCCUACACCUAUCUCCUGCAUUAGCUUCUGCUAGAAAAUAGACAUGAAAAUCUCGGAUUAGAAAAUCCUGACAGAUCUACGUCACACUGUCACUUAACAUUCAUGGACUCACCCAUCUUGACUCACAGCAAGGAAGUCUGUCAUUAGUGUCCAGGAAACAACAGUGAAUGUUUCGACUAGUAGAAGCUAACCAUUAGCAUUAGCAAUGUCACCACAUGGCAGAAGCUCCUCCAGGUUAGUUGUGGAGAUAAAACACCCACAAUGCAAGUCAGUGGUAGAGUCGUGCUGCUGGUGUCCAAUCCGAGGCAAGAUGUCACUUGCACUUAGAGGAGUUGCGUAUUAAGGAUUUGGGUACCCUCCCCGGGGUCUGAGCUUCCAACGCCGUCCAACGCCCCGGGGUGCAGCUUGUGAGGACGGCGGGUAAAUCCACCACAUAAGUCCACUGCCAGAGUCCGUAGCGGCAGAUGUCGGUGUGGCCUUGGCAUCACCUAUGCCCAGCCCUUGCUGUCUAAAGAAGGCGACCAGCCUUCCCUCCUGACGCUGGAACUCUAAACACCUGUUUAGCUAUCUUCGUCGCCGGCAGCCCUAACGACUGCGAACGACCCCACCCCCCAAAGUCCGAUGCCACAAUGACAGGUCGACCACGCACCCCUCUCAGUAGACCUGUCACCUUUUUAUCCUCCCUGGCCUCGUUAUGAAUAACGAGGACCAGCUGGUGUCCAAUCACCAUGCCCUCAGAGUCCGGCAGCUUCCGUCUUCUGUCCAUCACAUUAACAACUUUUAAACAAACAAUAAUUUUACUAAAUUUAAAUUCAUUGCUGUUCACUUAUCUUAGUCUAAUCUAAUCUGAGUAUAAAACUCAGAGCUUGAAUAAAUAUCAUUAAUCGUCUUAAAAAGAACUUCUUUCAUUUGAAAAGACACAUUUUCAGUAAAGGCACUUGAGCCAUUGCUCCGCCUACUUCUCAAAAUUCCCACACAGCAAUGGAUUGUGGGUAAUGCCCUUGCCUGAAGUCUGCAUUGACUUGGGCGAAGUGCUGAUCAAGGGUUCAAAAGGGGUGCGAUCACCUUCCGCUCUUGAGAAUUCGGACACCCCACGCACUCACCCCUGGCCGGGAAUGCGCAAUUGAAGAACACCGCAAAUGAAUUGAUUAAAUGAGUGUCCCACACCUUUAAAAGGAUUUUAUUGGAUGUCAAAUACACCUUUUGCAUUUAGCUUUCUCCCCUGUCCGGGGGUUCACAUUGCUUUGUUUGCACUCAAGCCAGAAUAUUUAUUACCAAAGGUAUGAUUAACGUGUUUACUAUAAUUUUAUUGUGCGUAUGGGGAUUUUUUUUUUGCCAAUCAUAUUGUGUUUAAUUUAAUUUCUUUCUUGACGAGAGACUUACAGCUGACUCACAGACAGAAUGAGUCCUACCAAAGGGCAUGGUAAUGUGUCUUCAUUAGCCGCUCAAACGCUAAGUUGAAUGGAUCGACUCGUCGAAUUUGCCAUAACUUUGUUUUUAUUAUCUCAAUAGUCAAUGUACUGGUCUUAGAACUGUAAGAUUCUUCACAUUACUGGUAUUUAUCUGUACAGAUUACUAACUGCUAAUAUUAGACAGCUCGAUCAUCCCUCUGACUGUACAAAUCAGACAUGAUUUAUUUACAGUCGUACGAUGUUGUUACUGUACUGUGUUUUGCAAUCAGCUGAUGUCAUCGUGGAUAACGGUAUUUGUUAUUUAAUGCUUCAUUUUUUCAAGAUUAUUUUGAUGCAGUUAAACCAUUUAAUUCAUGUUUUGAAUGAAAAACAUCAAGCACAUUGAGGAUUGUGUCACUUUGUGUCGUUGUCACUGAAACCGAAAAGGUUGAGAGCUCUGCUGCUGACCAAACUGCAAUCUAGAGUUCAACGUGUCACGCGCUGAGGAGGUUGAAUGUGUAAAUACACGCCUAUGUGCUCGGUAAACGUAAGUGUUUUGUAAAUAGAGGACACAGAAUAUACAGCUUGAUGUACAUAUGUUCUGUUUUAAGGUCUGCGCUGCCUUAGCUAUGCAAUAUUGGUGUUGGAGAUGCCUUGACCAGUUCCCUUUGCCUUAAAACGAUUUGUCACAAGAUUCGUUUUUAGAAUGUUUUUGUUUCAGUUCGGUGACACAUUAUUACUACUCACUGUUUAUUGUGUUAGAAAUAGAAGGACCUGAGUGAGAAUGUUAGAGAAAGUUGUCAAUUUUUGUCACACGCACUAAAGCUGUAGAUUCUCUAGGCCCCUGUUUUAAAACACAAGAAAUAACAUCUAACAGUGACAUCUAGUGGCUGAAAAGGACAUUUUACUGUUAAAAAAUAUCUUUUGACUUUCUUUUACUGCAUUAUGUUCAUUCUGCUCUUUUGUCACAGCCUAGAGUUGAUAAUGAUGUUGGAUGGAUGAAGAGUCUGAGUGUGUGAGAAAAGUGCAUGGAAGAUAAACUGGACAAUAAGGCUUUCUUUUCUAAACUUGCAGCCAUCACUAUGAGGCGCCAAGCUCCAGUUGCUGAGAUAAAAAUCCUGUUGUAGGUUUUAACAGAUGCAGACUUGGAAAAAAUGUAUUUGAAAGAUGAAAAGUUGGAAUUUUGAUGUUUGUGUCCUGCAGAACUCCUCAAACACCCUGCUGUAAAUGAAGUUUUGCAACAGUUUGAACACGAAAUGAAAGAAAAGUUGUUUUUUUGCAUGACAAAAUUAAUGUGUGAGCUAAAAACAAGGUAUAGAGAGUAUGUAUAUAUUUGUGUAUAUAUGGUAUGAGGAUAUGUGCAGAGCUGGAGCGAAGAAGGGAUGGUUGUUGGUCUAAUUUAUUUAUUUAUGAAAUCAGCUCUCAGCUGGCUCAGGUGACAUCUGCGUUUUAUAUACUAAGUGAAUAAGUGUUUAGGGGAAUCCAUCAAUGUGAGACAACCAAAGUUUCACUGGUUUACUCUUGUUAGAAGGAGCCAUAAUUCAUUAGGAAUUUGUCAAAAAAUAAAUUAAUUAAGCCACAAGAGGGAAUUAGUUUACACACUUAACUGAAAAAAAUGUUCUGUGUCACAACUCAUUCAUUAUUUAUCAUCCUUGCUGGAGCAACACAAAUAAGGAGCUGAUUAUUUCGUUAACUGACUUAAGCUGUUCCACCUGGUUAAAAAUUUGGUUCACUGUUGGUUCAGAUCAUGAACUGUGACUUUAAUAGAAUAUGUAUUUUUGUGCACAAGUUUGGAAAUGAAAUUAAAGUCUCAUGUCUUCAACCUCAUACGGCGAGGUUAGAAUGUCCAUCUGAUGCCAUUUUCUUUAUAGGAUGUACAGAUCGCUUGACAUUGUGUACUAUGUGUGUAUGCAAUAGCAAUACUGCAAUGUUUCAGUUUUUUAUUUCAACAAAAAAAUGCUCUCAACUUGUUCUUGUAAUAAAAAUUUCUCUCCUGAUGUUUAAA